GAAUGUCAGAUGGAAUAACUCUCGAUUUUGCCAAUCAAAUUAUCCAAUAUUGUGCAGAAAUUCGAGAAUUGUACGAAAUUGAAGAAUACGUCCGACAGCCGAAUGACCAUAAUUUACUAGAGUUUCUUUAUGAUCUCAGUACUUUUUUGCUUGAAUUAGAAUGUCCUCAUGAAGAACUGACAUGCGGUGAUAUUAGAACACGUUUCCAAUCUUCAUCAGCAAAGAAGCUUCUUGAAAGUUUUCUUGAUUCAGAAGUCAAAACUGCUCGUCUCAUUACUAGACAAAGAAUUGAAUCGGGUGAAAUUGUCUCCGAAAAACGUGAUCUCGAACUGACUCCACUUAUUGAUUCUGCCCUUCGAACACUCAACUUCCCUAAACAAGCAGGAAAUUCUAAUGAAUGGAAACUCUUGGAAACUUUGAGACAAAAGACAGAUGGACGCGUUUCCCAAAGUCAAAGACAUCCACUUUUCAAAGCGACUCUUGAUGAAAAUACACUUCCUGAAAUUGAAAAACAGUGUGAAUCGUUUUCUCGUGAUUUUUACAAUCGACUUCUACUUCUGAACAGUCGACUCAAGGUCACAGUUGAAUCAUUUUUAUGGAAUGAUCGCCUCAAGAUGCACAGAGAGAAUAUUCAAUCAAUUCUUUCUGCUCGUGUCGAUGAAAUUGGACGAGUUAAAGCGAACAGUGACGUAGCUCAUCUUCUUUCUGCAAGUUCUUCAUUGCUCUAUAUUCAAAAAGCGUCAUCUAUGGAUAGAAGAGAACGAACAAAAAGCAAACAACAUCCACUUUCAAUUAUGGAUGCUCCAAAAGAUCGUGGAGGACGCACAGAAGAAAUGGUUGGAGUGAAACAAGAAUCUUUCAGACAACAACAACAUACUUUUGAUAGGCAACAUUCCCAAAAUCGACAAAAAAGUACUUUCGACCGUCCAAAAACUCACGAGGAGCAGGUUCUCGAACAACACACUUCACGAGACAAUAGUGGACAAAAUUGGAGAGGAAGAGGUCGUGGAAGAGGCAGAGGACGAGGAGGCGGACGCGGAUAUCAUUGAAAUUUGAUGUUUUGUCGUUUCUUAUUCUUUUCAAUUCAUUCGGUGUUUUUUUCAAAAUGGGCUCACAGUUCCUUUUUGUUUUAAUUUAUGAAAACUGUUUAUAAA